GAGGUUCUGCUCUCAGGAAGUUGCAGCAGAAACAAUUAUGUGGCUAACGUUGUCGUUGUCUAAAUACUUAUUGUGAUGGAUUAACUCAAUUAUUUACUUUGUGGGCAAUGCAUGAACAUUCCCACAUUUAAACAUAUGGCUAAUAUGGCAAGGACCGGAGACAUUAUCCAUUUAAACGUUGGAGGAAAAAGGUUCAGCACCUCCAAACAGACAUUGACAUGGGUCCCAGACUCAUUUUUCUCAAGUCUUCUAAGUGGGAGGAUCUCAACCUUGAAGGAUGAAACUGGAGCGAUCUUCAUAGAUCGGGACCCAUCUCUCUUUACUCCCAUACUGAACUUCCUGCGCACUAAAGAGUUGUUUCCCAGGUCCAUAAAUGUGCACCUGCUAAUGCAUGAAGCUGAGUUCUAUGGAAUCACUCCGUUGGUGCGUAAGCUGCAGCUUUGUGACGAGCUGGACCGAUCCUCCUGUGGAAACGUGCUCUUCAAUGGCUAUCUGCCACCUCCAGUGUACCCAGCGAAGCGGCGGAACCGUCAUAGUGUGGCGGGGCCUCAGUAUAUGGGUGGGCGUGCCCUGCCCAUGGAGAGAGCUCCAGUGAGACGCAGCAACACUAUGCCACCCAACCUAGGCAACGCGGGCAUACUGGGUAAAGCAACGAUGGAGGAGAGGAUAAGUGGUGCUCAGCUUGCAGACCCAGGCAUGGUCCGCAUCAUCUGUGGCCACCACAACUGGAUCGCUGUGGCUUAUGCCCAGUUUGUUGUUUGCUACCGAGUGAAGGAGUCUACAGGCUGGCAGCAGGUGUUCACCAGUCCCCGCCUGGACUGGGUGAUUGACAGGGUGGCGCUCAAUGCCAAGGUGAUGGGCGGCUCCCUGGGAGACAACGACAAGAUGGUGGCCGUGGCCUCGGGCACAGAGAUCAUCCUCUGGACUAUCUGUCCCGACGGCAACGGCAACGAGAUAGGUGUGUUCAGUCUGAAUGUCCCCGUGGAGGCUCUCUUCUUCGUGGCGAACCAGCUGAUUGCCACCAGCCACACAGGGAAAGUGGGAGUAUGGAAUGCGGUGACCAAACAUUGGCAGAAUCAAGACGUGGUUCCCAUUAACAGUUAUGAUACUGCCGGCUCCUUCCUAAUUCUAGGCUGUAACAAUGGGUCCAUAUAUUAUAUAGAUGUUCAGAAGUUUCCAUUGAGGAUGAAGGACAAUGACCUCUUAGUGACAGAGUUGUACCGCGACCCCACAGAGGACGCCAUCACUGCUCUCAGCGUCUACCUCACGCCCAAAACAAUCCCCAAUGUGUCGUCAGGCGACAGCGGCAAUUGGAUCGAGAUCGCCUACGGGACCAGCUCGGGCACGGUGCGGGUCAUAGUGCAGCACCCGGAGACCGUUGGCUCUGGGCCCCAGCUCUUCCAGACCUUCUCAGUCCACCGCAGCCCCGUCACCAAGAUCAUGCUCUCUGAGAAACACCUCAUAUCAGUGUGUGCAGACAACAACCACGUGCGGACCUGGACGGUGACUCGCUUCAGGGGCAUGAUCUCCACCCAGCCAGGCUCCACCCCCCUCACCUCCUUCAAGGUCCUCUCCCUGGAGGACAUCGACGGCCACGGGGGCUGUGCUGCCGGCACUGAGAUAGGUCCGUAUGGCGAGAGAGACGACCAGCAGGUAUUUAUCCAGAGGGUCGUCCCUGACACAGACAAACUCUACGUGCGCCUCUCGUCCAACGGGAAGAGGGUGUGUGAGGUGCGCUCUGUGGACGGCACCUCCAUCACCUCCUUCAUGGUGCACGAGUGCGAGGGGUCCAGCCGCAUCGGCUCACGUCCCCGCCGCUACCUCUUCAGUGGCCACGCCAACGGGAGCAUCCAGAUGUGGGACCUGACCACCGCCAUGGAGAUCGCAGGGAAAGUGGACAUCAGGGCGCUGGGCGGCCCUACAGAGGAGGAGCUCCUGGAGCUGUUAGACCAGUGUGACCUGGCUCUGACCCGUACGCCUGACAUGAGUCCCGCCGCCUCCUUCAUCCACUCCUCCAGCCCCCGAGCCUCCACCUCCAGUUUGCAGUCCCAGCUGAGUGAGAGCUCCAAGGAGCGCGGGGCCAGAGGAGGUGUGAGCAGCUCGGGUCCCUUCUCUGGUAGCCUGCCCCGUCAGGCCCCUCCGGUGCCCCUCACCAAACCCCGGGAUAUGAAUCUCUCCAUGGUGGGGUUGGGCCUCCAGCCCCACCACCUGGGUCUGAGCCAGGCUUCCCUCAGCAGCAGCGGCAGCCCCCGGCCCGGCCGCACCGCCCUCCAGGACAGAGACCGGGACGGAGGCAUGGGGUCUCUGCGCAGGGGCAGCUUCGUGGAACGUUGUCAGGAGCUUGCCAAGGUCUCGGACUCUGCAGGAGGGGCUGAGGGGGGCACGCGGCGCAGCCUGGCCGUAUGCUCAGAGUUGGAGGCUAGACUGGGCCUACGGACCCCCGCCUCUUUCUCCAUCCCCCCUGCAGCCUCUCCCGCCUCAUCUUUAUCUUCAUCACUGCGCCGACCACAUCCCACCUCACCCAGCCCUGCCCCUGCUACAAUCGUCAGUCCAACCCGCUCCCAGACCCCCGUGUCGCCUCGUCGAGCUGACACCUCCCCUACUACAGAAGCCCCGCCCCCUGAGGCUGCAGCAGCCACCCCAGAGAGCUCCUCCCCUGUUCCCCCCACCAGUCCUAAACCCCCUAUGAAUGAGACCAGCUUCUGACUGGCUCGGUGAUGUAUGAGUGAGUGGACUAACAAAGGACGCGUUUUGUGUUUGUGAGCGUGUGUGGUUUAGUGACGGCACAUAUUGUCAUAUUUAUGGGCUUUUCCUUGUUUAGCAUCAAGGAUACAUAUCAAAUGUCAUUCCUCUGUUUUCAAAAGGGCCAGCUGUGAUGUAGGCAAGAUUCGUAUACAAUAUAUCCAAAUGGUCAAUGUAUUGGUGAUGCAAAUUAUAACUCCAGCCAUGUAUGAAUGUGUUCUGUUGCAUUUGGUAGAGCAGUGCAUUUUAUUCAAUUGCGCUGAACAAAAUAUAAAUGCAACAUGUAACAAUUUUACUGAGUUACAGUUCAUAUAUGAAAUCAGUAAUUUUAAAUAA